AUGGCACUGGCGACCACGAAGCAGCCUCGGAACAUCAUCGACGAUAUUCACCAGGCAGGACAUCCACCCGCACCGAUUGACCUCCCAGACGUGAUCGCAGCACCAGUAGGAGACCCAUGGCCACGGCCCUACUACUUCGAGAACGGUCUGAGACGCGUAGCUCCCUAUCAUUACACAUACAACACCUUCUGUAAACAGCGCUGGCGCGGACGCACAAUCCUUGACAUUUUCUCUUCAGAGUUCCGCGACCGGGAUCGCGAGUACUACCGACAUGCUAUCGAAAGCGGGCAUAUCACGAUCAAUAAUUCCCCAUGCGUGGACACGAAUACGAUAGUAAAGAACGGAGAUGUGGUGGGACACACGCUACAUAGACACGAGCCACCAGUCUCAGCUCAACCGGUGGGCGUGAUACAUGAGGACGACAACAUGAUAGUCAUAAAUAAGCCAGCCGGCAUACCAGUACAUCCUGCCGGGCGGUACAAGUUCAAUUCGGUGAUCGAGAUCAUGCGAGCUGAGCGAGGCAACCAUUUCAACCCGCUUCCCUGCAACAGGCUCGAUCGCCUGACGUCGGGAGUCAUGUUUGUGGGCAAGACGGCCAAGGAAGCAGAGAAGAUAGGCGAGAAGCUUCGUUCGAGGACAGUGCAGAAGGAGUAUGUUGCGCGUGUAGUAGGACGAUUCCCUGACGGCGAAGGUGCAGGAUCCGAGUCUGCUCAAGGCAACGGGAAAGGCGGCGUUGUGAAAUGCGACGAGAGCAUCUUACAGAUCAGCCCUAUCCUGGGUCUCAACCGUGCUAGAGCGACCGGAAAGCGCAGCUCGGACAACGAAGACUCCUCCCUGCCAACGACCGACAACCUAGGCUACUCAAUCGUGCACUGCCUCCCACUCACCGGCCGAACACACCAAAUACGCGUCCACCUGCAAUUUCUAGGCCACCCGAUCAGCAAUGAUCCCAUCUACUCAAACCGCAAAGUCUUCGGCAACGGCCUUGCCCAAAAUGACGCCUCCUCAGACAACGACGCCGAAAUCAUUGCGCGCCUCGCCAAGAUGGGCAAGAGCGAGCUGCCUGAGACGUCUGAAACGACGACUCUUACUGUCAGCAACAUUGACCAAACACGGCAGAUGACCGUCUCCGAAGCGCAAUCCCUCAAGACAUCGCCUCCCGAAUCCGUCCCAGCAUCAAAAUCUCACCUCCGCCAUGAAGGCGAGCCACAUGCUGGCAUCCCCCAAGGCACUAUCCACGCCUCCUCAGCUCUUGAUCAUACAAGCCCAACUACGUCAUCCACUGGCCCAGACCCUGGUCCCUCCAAUACAACAACCCUCGACCUCUCCCAAGGCCACAAUGACCCCAACCAUGGCCAUCUCAUCGCCGCCCAUGAUGCGCAAGUCGCCUCGUACAACAAGCGCAAGGGCGAGAAACUCACUGGCGAGUAUUGCCCAGUAUGCGAGACGCCGCUAUAUAGCGAUCCUCUGCCGUCCGACUUGGGGAUCUAUUUGCAUGCGUUGGCUUAUGGAGAUAAGGGCGGUGAGUGGAGGCAUGCGAGUAGCCUACCGGACUGGGCGAGAAAUCCUAGGGAGGCAAAGCAGACGGACGAGGCCUGGCCGGAAUGGGAGAGGAGUGGGCUUGGAUGGGAGGACGAAGGAGUGGGUGACGAGGCGGAGGUGGGGCGGAGGAGAAAUCAUGUGGGGAUGGAGCGGAAUCGGGAGCUCAAUGGGAACAAAAACGGUUUGGCGGAAGAUGAGUUAAGUGUGCCUGGCCCGGAUCAGGUCGGCUAG